GUGGACAUAGUGCACCGUCGUGUCGCUCGUCAGUUAGGGUUAUGUCACGUCGUACGUAAUCGUUAUCAGUCUUUCUAUAAAAAUUGCUAUUUCCUCUGUAAUCUUGUCAUUCUCUAUGGCCAUUUAUUGGAGGAAGAGAGCAAGAACGGAAAGAGUCUAGCCUAACCAGGUCUCUCCGACUUAUCAAGAAUCGAGGCGUUUGUUUGUAUUUUGACACUUAUAUAAUUGAUUCACACAUACUUCAACAAAUUAAUCGAAGAAAUCGAAUAGUGGCAGUGAUGGAAAUGUCUCCGUACAUAAGGUUGCCACUUGAUCGUUGAGAUAUUAUUUAGACAUUGGAUUGGCACUUACGUCACGGCGCACUUUGUACUCUACUGAUUGUAAUUGCAAAAAUUAUUCUUCUGAUUGUCGAACGUAGGAAGUAAAAGACUUUUAAUUUGGUUUCGAGAAAAAAUGUCGCUUUCCAAACCCGCUAAUAUUAUUUAUGAUCUCCUUGGCGCAUAUUUCCAGCGACUCUACUACAGUCCCGUAAAGACAAAAGCGGUAACAAGUUGUGUCAUUGCUGCUCUCGGAAAUAUUGUGGCUCAAAAAUUGUCUGGUGCUAGACGGCUCAAUGAAGACAGCGUAUUGGCAUUCGCCUUGUUCGGUUUGUUUUUUGGAGGACCGGUACCUCAUUACUUUUAUCAAUACGUACAUUUGCUUGUGAAGCAUCCACUGGGAAUACUUCUCAUAGAGAGACUCAUUUAUACACCAUGCUUUCAAGCAUUCGGACUCUACAUGCUUGCUAUCUUUGAGGGCAAGUCUCAUCAAGUAGCGCGUGCUCAAAUGGAAAAAUUAUACCUACCGUUGUUGAUAGCAAAUCUGAAAUAUUUAACGCUGUACCAAUUCAUCAAUAUAAAAUUCGUUCCGCCAAUGUUGAGAGUUUUAGUGUCAAAUAUCAUCGGUUUCGCGUGGGUUAUUUAUCUUGCGAAGAAGAGGGCAAAGGAAGCUUCGAAAGAAAAGUAGACGUAUCAAUUAAAUAUUGUCAUCACAGUUAUUUUUUCUGCGCGAGAGAGGCGUAAAAAAAUAUUCUGCGAAGGUAAAAAAAUAAAUUUAUAAAAAAUUCUAAAUAUAUAUACAAACCUAAGUGAUAUUUUAAUACAUUCCACCUUUGUAACGAAUGUAUGCUUUAAUUGUUACUUUUUUUUGUCUUUAAGAAAAAUGUAUAGAACAUAAACUUUAGUAGAAUUUCUUACA